AUGGGAGCAUCAGCAUCUAAACCAGAGACCAAGGUCUUCACCCCAGCCACUCCAAUUGAAUUCAGUUCAUCCUUUUUAUCGCAAUUAGAGAGUUCUCCAGAGAGUGAUUAUUCUCGUUCUCAGUAUACUGAAAAGUAUAUUCAAGACCGUGUUGCUGUGGAAUUGAAGAAAUUGGAAGCAGAAACCAUUAAGAAGUUUCAAGAAACAACUAAUGGAGCAUUAUUGAAAGACGAAUCAAACCCGGAAUUAUCAGUUCCAAAAGCUAAUGAAAAAAUUGGAGAAUUAACUAAGAAAUUACAAGAAAACAUCGAAUUAGCUAAAGUCGAAAUCAAUCAACAAGUUAAAAGCUCCAGAGAAGGAGUUAUCAAAUGUUUAAAAGAAAAUCUGGGUAAAAGUUUAAACUGUUGGGAAGAAGUUGAAAAUUUUAAAAAAUUAGUAGCUGAUCUUUAG